GUCAAUUUGUCGAAGAGUUGAACAUUAUUGUUGAUUUGAUUUUUGAAAAUUGAAAUCACAUUGAAAUCUAAAGUUCUAAUAAAGUUCACAUUUUAUUGUGAUUACCAAGUAGGUAAUUAUGAUGGCUCAACCUCAAUAUUCUUUAUCUUGGGAAGACCAUCCGAAGAACAUUUGCAAUGGCUUAAGCUACCUACAACAGAAUGGGGAGUUUGUAGACAUGACAUUGGCAGCAGAUGGACACCUUGUAAAAGUGCACCAAGUGAUCAUGGCACUCAGCAGCCCCUACCUGAAGGAUCUAAUAGCCUCCGCCCAAUGUCCUCAUCCUGUUAUAGUAUUAAAUAAAAUCUCUCACACAACCCUAGCAUCAAUACUGGAGUAUAUCUACAGGGGUGAGGUUAUGGUUGCUAUAGAGGACAUUCGGGACCUGAUAGACGCCGCCAAAGAGUUGCACAUCAAAGGGUUACAGGAAAUGGAUUUAGCUGUAACGAAACCCGCGAACCAACAGAAAACCAAUGAAAUUAUAGUGUCCCGUGACACAGGUUACCUAAAAAUGGAUGACGAAGACUCCUACGAGAUACACAAGGAAAUCACACCCUCAGACAACAUCUACAGGCACGCUCCAGACGAUGCGACAAUGAAUGAAGCCGGAAACGUGGAAUUAUUGAGUCGCACGAGCGACAGCGACAGUUGGUGUGCGACGCGAUCAGAUGCCGCGACAGUCGCGUUGCCACCAUCCUUCGCCGAAGUUUCGAGGGCUACCGUAUUAACCAACACGAGUCCAGACAAAUCCAGUACUUUACAAUACACACUAUCGACGCAUGGCUCGCUACAGCUCAUUCUGAACAGAUUCUUGUAUUACUUGAAGAACACACGAGCCAACCAAAAUCGACAAUGGCGAUGCGUGGACUACCUCAAACGAAACAAGUGCCCAGCUGUGGUCAUCACCAAGGACAAUAUGGUGUUGCAAAGGAUAAAAGCGCACAUGCAUCCGUUUCACGAUGACAAAAUCUGGAAGAAGAUAAAAUCAAACAACGUGUUCUCAGAAAUCGUGGAGGCCGAGCAGGCCAGCGUCGCGCACAAGACGCAGGGCACAGACGAAGAGCUCUGCGAUGAAUCAUGACCAACCGUCGCUGGCUCACUACAGAGCACUGGUCUCAGCUCACAGUGAGAAGGGUUUUAACGUUCUUUUUACUCAAGAGUAACCGGAAAAUAUAUACACGUAUUUUAAAUUUUA